UGAGAGAGAGAGGGAGAUUCAUUUUCAUUAUUAAUAAUUAACCAAUGAAAUUUUAUGAGUCAAAACUCCCAAAGUCUCAACAUUGUGGAAGAAGAGUGACACACACAAAAUACUCCUUUUAGUCUCUCAUACUCUACUUUUUAAGGGAAUGGCAUGGCCGUCUUCUCCUUCUCCAACUCCAUUAAAACCUUUGCUAUCUCACUAACCCUCUUCUCCAUUCUCCUCUUCUUCCUCCUCACAACCCCAACCCCCCCUCCUGCUCCAUCUUCACCUCUAAUUCCCCGUAGAUCCCUUCUCAACGACACCACCACAGAACUUUCUUGCUCCUCCGUUAAAUCACAGUCCAAUGGCCUUUUCAACUAUCUCUCCCUCCAUUUCUGCCUGUUUAACAAAAACCCAUUUCUCUCAAUCCCUUUCCUCUCCCUCCUCCUCGUUCUCCACUUCUACAUCCUCAUCAAGACCGCACAGGAUCACUUCUCCGUCGUCACCACCAAGCUCUCCUUUCACCUCAAUUUGUCGCCGAGCAUGGCCGGCGUGACCCUCUUGGCUCUCGGAAAUGGUGCCCCCGACGUGUUCGCAUCCGUCGCUGCUGUCCGCCGAGGCCAGUAUCGAACUGGGUUCGGCGCCAUACUGUCGGCCGGCACUUUCGUCUCGGCUUUGGUUGUUGGAUUUGUGGCGAUUUACGCCGCACCCUUUUCUCUGAAGCCGGCGCCGUUCGUUAGGGACGUGUCGUUUUACCUUAUUGCGGCGUUGUUUCUGUUCUAUGUGUAUCUUAGUGCCGAGAUUUUUUUAUGGCAGGCAGUUGGGUUCGUUUUGUUUUACUUGUUUUUUGUUGGGUUUGUGUUUUGGAUGGAUUUGGGAAUGGGCGCCGAUAAAGGGAAGGGUGGGAGUGAAAUGGGUUUGAUUGGAGAAGUUGAUGAACGGAAAGAUCUGUUGGUCCAUGAUUGCGAGAUCGGCCUAGUAUUACAGCAUGCCCAUGGAGAAAAACCAAGUUUUGGGCUCAGGCGAGCUCUUGCAUUGAUCUCAAAAGCAUGGGAGCUCCCAGUCUCUAUUCUUUUAAAGCUUACAAUUCCCCAGACUGCACCUUCCAAGUGGAGCAGAUUUUGUUCAUCAGCCAAUAUUGCUCUUUGUCCACUAGCAAUUCUCUACGCAGGCAACUCUUUUGUUCCAUUUGAUCAUCCCAUUCACUUCCUCCUUCCACACACCCGUUUUCCCCUUUGGCUUGUAGUAUUUUUUGGGUGCUCCAACCUCGCGCUUCUCCACUUCAUAACAGAGAAAGAACCACCAAAAACCGAGCAUAUACCUGUAGUGAUCAUAGCAUUCCUGAUGAGCGUUUUCUGGAUAUCUACUGUUGCUGGAGAACUUCUCAACUGCCUUGCAGCAUUAGGGUCACUUCUCAAGUUACCCCCUUCAAUUCUCGGCCUCACUGUCCUUGCUUGGGGUAACUCAGUUGGGGAUCUUGUCGCUGACGUUGCUGUUGCUAAGGCAGGACACCCUGCAAUGGCCAUGGCUGGGUGCUUUGCUGGGCCGAUGUUUAACAUGCUCAUCGGUCUGGGGACGGCGUUGGUGAUACAGACAAGCAACAUUUACCCUGAAGCUUAUGAGCUUCAUUUCCACACUGGAAUUGUAAUGGCAUUUGUAUUCUUGCUUCUCAGCCUGAUGGGCUCAUUAUUGGUGAUUACAUGGCACAGAUUCCGAGUUCCUAGGUUCUGGGGAUUCUGCCUCGUUGGCAUCUAUGUUGUUUUCACUGCUGUUAGCUUAGUUAUUGCCAAGUUCUCAGGGUGACAUUGUUCUAUAUAGCUAAGUUCUCAGCUGUACAUGCCAAUUCAAUUGCCAAGUCUGAUCGGGAGAUCACAUUCCAAACUUGAUAUAUAUAUAUAUAUAUAAAAAAAAUUAGGUGUGAUAAAGAAUUACUUGUAUUUUAACUGCUAGGUCUUUGGUGAUCCUGUGACACGAAAUUCUGUUGUAAUAGGAAAAUAAAUUCAUAGGUAUAUUUUUGGAAAAUUUACAUCCUAAUACAUUUUAUGCUUCAAAAACUUUUAUGCAUAACUUUCUCUUUUUCUUU